AUGAUCAUUGAGGGCUCUGGGGAGGGGGAUGUAAUGGUUUGUUUGGAGGAUGAAACCCAAUAUCACGCCGACUUGUUCGAAGGUCUUCUCAAAAGGCUCUUGACAGUUGUCAAGCAGAAGGUCAAGCAGAGGGUGCGGUACACAGGACGCAGUCCGGCAAGCGAUGAAUGGAUCAACGCCACCGAAGAUGGAUAUCGUGAGAUCUUCGACGCCUACGAGGCGCGGAGACAAUCCAAUUAA